AUGUUUCUAGUGCCCCGUGUUUUCAGCCUGGUGGCCCGCUCGGGUUCCAGAGGAUUCGCUCGGUCCGCGGUGCGCUCUUACGCGGCCGCCUUUGACCGUUCCAAACCACAUUUGAACAUCGGUACCAUCGGCCACGUUGACCAUGGUAAGACGACUUUGACCGCUGCCAUCACCAAGACGCUAGCCGUGAAGGGUGGUGCGAACUUUUUGGACUACGCUGCCAUCGACAAAGCUCCAGAAGAAAGAGCUCGUGGUAUUACGAUCUCUACUGCUCAUGUUGAAUACGAAACUGACAAAAGACAUUACUCGCAUGUGGACUGUCCGGGCCACGCCGAUUACAUCAAAAACAUGAUCACUGGUGCCGCCCAGAUGGACGGUGCCAUCAUUGUGGUUGCAGCCACUGACGGUCAGAUGCCUCAAACUAGAGAACAUUUGCUGUUGGCCAGACAAGUGGGUGUUCAGGAUAUCGUGGUUUUUGUCAACAAGGUCGACACUGUGGACGAUCCAGAAAUGUUGGAAUUGGUGGAAAUGGAAAUGAGAGAGCUUUUGACACAAUACGGCUUUGAUGGUGACAACACCCCAGUUAUCAUGGGAUCCGCUCUAUGCGCUUUGGAGGGCAAAAAGCCCGAGAUUGGUGAAGAGGCUGUUAUGAAGCUUUUGGACGCCGUCGACGAGCACAUUCCAACCCCACAAAGAGACUUGGAAAAGCCAUUUUUGAUGCCCGUCGAAGAUAUCUUCUCAAUUUCUGGUAGAGGUACUGUUGUCACCGGUAGAGUCGAAAGAGGUAACUUCAAGAAGGGUGAAGAAGUGGAAAUCGUUGGCCACAACACUCAGCCUUUGAAGACCACCGUUACCGGUAUCGAAAUGUUCAGAAAGGAGCUAGACAAGGCCAUGGCUGGUGACAACGCCGGUAUUUUGCUACGUGGUGUCAGAAGAGACCAGUUGAAGAGAGGUAUGGUCUUGGCCAAGCCAGGUACCGUCAAAGCUCACACCAAGUUUUUGGCCUCUUUGUACAUCCUGUCCAAAGAAGAAGGUGGUAGACACUCUGGUUUUGGCGAGAACUACAGACCUCAGAUGUACGUGCGUACUGCUGACGUUACCGUCGUUUUGAAAUUCCCUGAAGCCGUCGAGGACCAUUCCAUGCAGGUCAUGCCCGGCGACAACGUCGAAAUGGAGUGUGAAUUGGUGCACCCAACACCACUCGAGGCUGGACAGCGUUUCAACAUCAGAGAAGGUGGUAAGACUGUUGGUACCGGUCUUGUUACUCGUAUCAUGGAGUAA